GACUCCUAGAGGUCGCCAUUCGUAGGAGCAAGAGUGAUGCUGUGUGCCGUUGGAGUUGCGUGCGAGAGGCUGUCGGAGAGACUCACAACAUUGAGGCGGAGCUGGGAAUGUAUCAGCUACUGAAGCCUUACUUAAUUCAGUACCUCCACACACUCGCCUACAAGAGCAGGAAAUUCCCCGGAAGAUAGAGCCCAGGAGGAGCGUCGCGCGCGUCCUAAAGCUAACCAUCUAUAUGAGGAGGAUAGAGAGGUUUGUGGCGGAUCAGUCUGGACUCGAUACCAGGACGGGCAGUAGAGGAGUACAAAGCCGGUGGAGUGUCUCUGGAGCGGGGAGAUCAGCCCAGCCCCCCACAUACACACAUACAGACCGGCCUGCUGCUCUUAGCCUGUUGCUGCUGUGUAUGUGAUCUCAUCUUAACAGUCCCUCUUACAUCUCACAUAUCUCAGAGACACACGUCUGUAAGUAGUUUGGAGUUGUUUUGUCUUUGUUUAGAGGCUGGCUGGUGUAUUUUGUAGCGGUAUAGCGUUCUGCAGCUGGCUAAUCAGUUAGCUGUAGCAUGUCGUCGUGUGUACAGCAGCCUCACGGGCAUGAUGUAGUUUGAUUAUUAGAUCUCAUUUUUUUAUUACAAGACAAACCAUGUUUGAUAAAAGGACGCUUGACAUUAACCAACGAGUUUGGCGUUUUUAAAACCCGCAUCUUCUACAUGUUAACGGCUAAGUGGAGUCACUUACUCCGUGCGACAUAAUCUCGUUUAAGUCAGCGAGGUGCUGUUUAUGCUGCAAAACUGUGUACAACAUAAAAUGUGAGUGUGUAUUUGAUUUCACUCGGCUAAUGUUGAACCAAACUGUGAAUUUGCUGAGUAAAUCGUCUUGUGUAUGAGGAGAUACUGAAUGGAGAGCUCUCAUUUGCUCUGACUGGACUGAUCCUCUGGAUGUCCCCUACCAUCAUUGGAGUCAGUGGACAUUUGCAGGAAAAUCAUUCACACAGGGGCUUUUAUUUGACUGUUUGUGGUGGAUAAAGUCCAGGGAGAGACACACUGCAGCACGAGCCUGUAUCCCCAUCAUUUGGCUGCUUAAGCGAGUCCCCGAUGCGGAGGGGCUGAGUGCGCCCGGGACAUGCUGAAGUGUAUCCCGCUGUGGCGGUGCAACCGUCAUGUUGAGUCUGUGGACAAGCGGCACUGCUCGCUCACUGCGGUGCCCGAUGAGAUCUACCGCUACAACCGCAGUCUGGAGGAGCUGCUUCUGGACGCCAACCAGCUGAGAGAGCUGCCUAAGCCUUUCUUCAAACUGCACAAUUUGCGAAAGCUGGGCCUCAGUGACAACGAGAUUCAAAAAUUGCCGCCCGACGUUGCCAACUUCACACAGCUGGUGGAGCUGGACAUCUCCAGAAAUGAUAUUUCUGAGAUUCCUGAAAACAUUAAAUUAUGUCAGGCCUUGGAGAUUGCAGACUUCAGCGGAAACCCCUUGACCAGGUUGCCUGAUGGCUUCACACAGCUCAGAGGACUGGCUCACCUAUCACUCAAUGACGUGUCACUGCAGUCUCUACCCAAUGACAUAGGAAACUUGUCAAACCUGGUGACUCUAGAGCUGAGGGAGAAUCUACUGAAAUCUUUACCUUCCUCUCUUUCCUUCCUGGUUAAACUGGAACAGCUGGAUCUGGGCAGCAAUGUACUGGAAGUUUUGCCUGACACACUUGGGGCACUGCCCAAUCUUCGUGAGCUGUGGUUGGACAGAAACCAGCUCUCCUCACUACCUCCUGAGCUGGGCAACCUGCGGCAGCUGGUUUGCUUGGACGUGUCAGAGAACCGUCUAUCAGAGCUUCCCACAGAGAUCAGCGGCCUUAUCGCCCUCACAGACCUGCUGCUCUCCGAGAACCUCCUGGAAGUCUUGCCGGACAGCAUUGGCUCGCUUAAGAAGUUGUCGAUUCUGAAAGUGAACCAGAACCGCUUAGUACAUCUCACAGACUCUCUUGGCGAGUGUGAGAACCUGACAGAGCUCAUGUUGACUGAGAACCUUCUCCAGUCCCUCCCUCGCUCACUCGGGAAGCUGAAGAAGUUGACCAACUUGAAUGUGGACCGAAACCGCUUGAGCAGCGUCCCAGCAGAGCUGGGGGGAUGUGUCAGUUUGAACGUGCUCUCCCUCAGAGAUAACCGCUUGGGAAAGCUACCUGCUGAGCUCGCCAACGCCACAGAAUUACACGUGCUGGACGUGGCAGGCAACAGGUUGCAGAACUUGCCAUUCGCAUUGGCCAAUCUGAACCUGAAGGCCAUGUGGCUGGCGGAGAACCAGUCUCAGCCCAUGCUGAAAUUCCAGACAGAGGAUGAUGAGCGGACUGGGGAAAAAGUUCUCACCUGCUACCUGCUGCCCCAGCAACCCUCAUCAAGCCUUGAGAAUCUGUUGGACAGGAGCGCUGAUGAAACCUGGCCCACAGACACUAAUUUGAACAGGGUAUCAGUCAUUCAGUUCCGGGAUGACUCCAAACACGAAGAGGAAGAUGAGGAGACUGCGGCAGAGAGGAGGCAGGGUCUUCAGAGGAGAGCCACACCACAUCCUAGUGAGUUAAAGGUGAUGAAGAAUGUCAUUGAAGCCAGAAGAAAUGAGGCAUAUACAGCCAAACCAGAUGAGGAUCUGGAGUCCCCAGACUCUGAGGAGAAGCGGUUGAGUGGGCUGUCCAAUCAAAGUCAUGAUUCUCAGGCUUCCAGUAGCACCGCCUCGGCCACUUCUCAGGACGAGAAGCGGGCUAUAAACAGUACAGGGAUGGAGCUUAAUAAUGGACAGGGUCAAGAGGAGGAGGAGCUAGAUGAGAUGGAGGUGGAGUAUUCUGAGCCCACUGUGCACUUUGCCGAAGAGCCCAUCAUCCGUGGCGGUGAUGAUGAGGAAGAUGAGAAUGAAGAAGAUGAUGAAGACGCUGAAAGGAGCGAUGAGGACUCCCGAACGCCACCUUUUCCUGCCGAGAAACAACGGCUCAUACGUAAAGACACACCACACUACAAAAAGCACUUCAAGAUCACCAAGCUGCCCAAACCCGAGACUGUCGCCGCCCUGCUGCAAGGCUACGGUCAUGACGGCCUGUCACCUACUGCUCACACCCCUGAGGACGAAAGGGAUGGUGAUGUGGAGGAGGAGGAGGAGGAAGAGGAAGAGGACGAGGGAGGAGUAAUAGUCAAUACUCCAUUCCAGCACAGACUAGAAACUGCUGAGCUAGAAGACAGCAGGCUGAGUCAGAUGAACUCGUCCCUGCAGCCGGUGAAGGGGGUGUCAUUUGAUCAAGUCAAUAAUCUGCUGAUUGAGCCUGCUCGAAUUGAGGAGGAAGAGCUGACCCUGUCCAUCCUGAGGCAGACUGGUGGGUUAGGCAUCAGCAUAGCAGGGGGGAAAGGAUCUACGCCCUAUAAGGGUGAUGAUGAGGGUAUUUUCAUUUCUAGAGUGUCAGAAGAAGGCCCUGCAGCUCGUGCUGGGGUCAAAGUGGGAGACAAACUUCUUGAGGUGAAUGGAGUAGACCUGCACGGAGCGGAGCAUCACACAGCUGUUGAGGCCUUACGUAACUCGGGGGCAGCCGUGUCUAUGACCGUUCUGCGGGAACGCAUGGUGGAACCAGAGAACGCCAUCACCACCACGCCGUUGCGACCAGAAGAUGAUUAUUUCCCCCGGGAGAGACGGUCCAGUGGGCUGCCUUUCCUCCUGGACCCUGCCUCACCUGCUGUUAGCACUGGACCUUCACAGCGACUAGCCACUUGUCUGAUCCGCAACGAUAAAGGUUUAGGUUUCAGCAUUGCUGGAGGGAAAGGGUCAACCCCGUACCGAGUAGGAGACACGGGAAUCUUCAUCUCUCGUAUUGCUGAAGGAGGAGCUGCUCACAGAGACAACGUCCUGCACGUGGGAGACAGGGUCAUAUCAAUCAAUGGUGUAGACAUGACAGAGGCCAGGCAUGACCAGGCAGUAGCGCUGCUUACUGGCACCUCCCCCACCAUCACCCUCCUGGUCGAUCGGGACCAGGCCAGUGCAGGGGGCGCCUCCCCUCGAACGCGACCUCAUUCACCCCCUCCUCCAGAGCCAUCUGACUCACCUGAGCAAGAGGAAGGAGACGAGCACCUUGGAAACCAUCUCAACUGUCCCAUGGAAGAUGAAUACCCCAUUGAGGAAGUGACGCUGAUCAAAGCGGGUGGUCCCCUGGGUUUGAGCAUUGUAGGGGGUAGUGACCAUGCCAGUCACCCGUUUGGAGUUAAUGAGCCAGGGGUGUUCAUCUCAAAGGUCAUCCCCAAUGGCUUGGCCUCUCAGAGUGGACUUCGUGUGGGUGAUCGUAUCUUGGAGGUGAACGCCAUCGACCUGCGACAUGCCACACACCAGGAAGCUGUUAGAGCCCUGCUCUCCAACAAACAGGAGAUCCGAAUGCUUGUGCGCAGAGAUCCCUCGCCCCCCGGCAUGCAGGAGAUUGUCAUUCACAAGCAGCCUGGAGAAAAGCUAGGCAUCAGCAUCAGGGGCGGAGCUAAAGGCCAUGCAGGAAACCCCUUUGACCCCACAGAUGAGGGCAUCUUCAUUUCCAAGGUGAGCUCCAGUGGUGCCGCUGCACGAGACGGCCGACUGCGGGUGGGCAUGCGUAUUCUUGAGGUGGGCAACAACAGUCUGCUGGGUAUGACACACACGGAAGCAGUGAGGGUCUUGCGUGCUUCCGGUGAUUCCUUGGUUAUGCUUGUGUGUGAUGGCUUUGACCCAAGAAACGCUACAGGCAUAGAGGCAUCCCCUGGUGUUAUUGCAAACCCGUUUGCAGCAGGUAUUGUUCGUAAGAACAGUAUGGAGAGCAUCUCAUCAGUAGACAGAGACCUGAGUCCUGAAGAGAUUGACAUCAUGCAGAAGGAAGUAGAGAUGGUGAGAGAGACAUCCCAGUGGGAACGGGAGGAGAUGGAAAAAGUGGAGCGUAUGCGCUUGGAGCGCGAGGAGGCAACUCGCUUGCUGGAGGAGGAAACUGAGAAUUUGAGCACUGGACCCCUGAAACUGGACUACAAGACACUGGCGGCUCUGCCUACAACUAGUCUACAGAAAGUUAACAGAGGUUCAUCAUCUGAGCCUCACAGGAUUGACAGUCCCGUCCGAGAUGCUGCCUACUCUCCACACAACUCGCAGUCAAACAUUCAGUUUCCUUCACAUGCAAACAACAAGGAUAAUUCAUCAACAAAACCUGGUGCCAUUCAGCCACUCUCUAGGGUGCGACCCGCUGUGUCUCCAGCCAGUCAGGAUGGCCACAGCAGUCCCAACCCUUUCCAGCAUGGCCUCUCUCCCAUCAGCUCUCAGACCACUCCUCGUGCCCCAUCCCCUGACACACAUGAGGAAUACCCCAUCAAUAUCAAGCAGGUAUAUAAGGCCUUCGCAGCUGUGCCACACUCCCUGGCCAUACUGGAACCCCCACAGGAUCUUUACUCUCCACGGAACAAUGUCAGCGCAAAGCAACCAUCACCAGAGCCUGAGCUGAAUAAUGAGGUGUUUAUGGAUGAGGGUGAUGGUGAGGGCAAUGGUCCUCUCGGCUCUCGCCCCUCCCUCUCAUCUGACCGCCGCGAGUACAGGAGCCUGGCAGCCGUGCCACGCUUGUCUCGCCCCUCAAUGGAGUCGAAGACUCCCUCCUCUUUUGGCAGAGAUAGUCCAGAGCAGCGCUCCUUUAGGGACAGACAGAAAUAUUUUGAGAUCGAUGUGAAGCAGCAGACACCAGACAAACCUAAGCCUCGCAUCUCUCUUGUGGGAGAAGAUGACCUGAAGAAAAUGAAAGAGGAAGAAGCAAAGCGAAUUGAACAGAGGGCACAAGAGUAUAUGCUGGAUGAAGACGAGGAGGAGGAGGAAGAUCUGGCAAAACAGGUGGCAGAUAUGAAGGCUCACGGAAAGGUUAUACUUGAUGGUGUGGAGUACAAGGUGGAGAGCUUGGGAAGUCACAGUUCCCCAUCUCCACGGCAGUGUGCCACGCCUCCGAGCUAUAGUGCCACACCUCCCAGCCACUGUGGCAGCUCAGGUCCUUCCUCUAUCGACGGUAAAGGAGACUCCCAGCGGAAUUCAGUGGAAGACAGCUUCAGACUGGAGCAGAGACCCAAUUCCAUGACGGGUUUGAUCCCAGUUUAUCCUGGUGAAUCUGUGGCUCCCAUUCGGACAGCCAAAGCAGAGCGUAGGCAUCAAGAACGGUUACGCAUGCAGAGCCCAGAGCUUGCCGUCGCUGUGGACAAGGAGCUGUCGCCUGCUGAAAAACGAGCCCUGGAGGCAGAGAAGAGGGCCAUGUGGAGAGCAGCUAGGCCUUAUGGUCUAGAGGAGGACGUAAGGCAGUAUGAGCAAGACCUGGCUAAGCGGCUCUACCAAUCCCGUGUGAGGGCGUCACUAGGCAGUGCUGCAGCCCCUCCCACUUCCUGCUCCUCCUCUUCCUGUCAGCCCAGGAUGAAGUCUCUAGAGCAGGAUGCUUUGAAAGCCCAGAUGGUCAUUGCCAAGUCUAAAGAGGGGAAGAAGCGUGGAACGUUGGAUCAGCUGUCGGAGUCACCGUCACCUGCGCCCACACCCUCCCCAACACCAAUGGAAGAUAUCAGUCCACGGGCAGUGACUUCACCAGGCAGACUGUCCCUGUCAGAAAAGAAGUUUGACUACCGACAAUUCGCUGCCAUUCCUUCUUCCAAACCCGUUUACGACAUUCAGUCCCCUGGUGCAGGUGAUGAUGUGCGCUUCAUGGAUGAUGCCUCCAGUAACCCGGGUGACUUCCUUGGAUAAAUGAUCUUCUAAUAUUGAUCCAGAAGUUCCUGUGGCCACCACGUCUGCUCUAGAGGAGAUGGCUCUCUACAGUAACAAGCGCAAACUACGACAGGGCCGCCGCAGCCUGGAGGCUCCUGUGCCCACAUAACCGUACUCACACACUAAUGCAUCUGAACUGUGAAGAUAAAACACAAUAGUGAUCAUCUAAUGCUAAGAGAUGUACACAGAUAUUAAACCACUCUUAUUUCAGUGCCGACAACACAGGUUGGGAGGUGAGCUGAUGGGCGUCGCUAGUUGAAAAGGGUUGCUAUGAAAGGUCCAGAGGAUGGCCGAUUCAUUUACCUGUUGUAAUCAAUUUUUCUGUCCGUCACCAUUUUAGAAAUAGAAUUGUUUUAAGAGAUGCUGUGGGUUUUCCUAAACACUUUGAAAACCUCCUAGAAAAUGUUCUGGGUGAAAUGUGGAAAGGCAGAAAAGGAGAUUUUUAAAUGUAUCCGUGUUCAUGUUUUGGGACAUUCAGUUUGGGACAACAUACUGCUACCUUCACUGCCCCAUGUAAGCCAGAAUUUCACUUUUGUUGUUUUAAUUCACAAUCAGAAAAAAAAAAGCUUUUAUUCCUUUAAAUGUAAUUUAUUAAUGUAAUAUACUGUUUUUAAUCUAUGGGAAUCCAGUACAAUAGAGGAUCAAAUUGAGGCUUUUUGACAUGUGUAUAAGCUGAUUACUUGUGAUUUUGUGACGAAUUUUGAUUUUUGGGAUUGGGAUAAAUUUUCUUGCACGCAACAUUUUAAGAUUGAAAACGAGGCCUUGGCACAAAGCUUUAUUUCCAUUUUAUAUCCAUAUCAGUUUCAAAACAGAUUCUCUUUUAAGGUGAUGCAAAUGAAUGUAAUAUUUUUGAAAGGUUGCAUCUGACCUUAUUCAAAGAUCUGUUCUGGACCUUUUCGGAAUGUGUAUGAUCAUGCCAUAUCAUAAAGACUGAUCUACUAUAUUGAGUAGCGUCAUUCUAAACUUUUGAAUUGAUCUCUAGUCUUCCUUUACUGGACUAGGAGAGUAAAAUGAAGUGGAUAAUGUUUUCCUAAGACUUUUUUUUUUUUUUUGUUCAUUUGGUGAUCUUAAUCACCUAAAAUGCAUUCUCCAUUUUUUUUUUUCUACUCCUCGGUCUGGGGCAUGUUGUAUAUCUAUACGUUGAAUCAUUCCCUUUACUACACAGAGUGACCAGAGUGUAGAAUUUCACUCUGACAAACACUCACCUCUCCAUAAACAUAUGGUACCAUUUUGGGAGUGCGAGGAGGAAAUUGAAUCGAAUUGAAUCGAAUUUGGUCUCUAUUAACAUCUACGAAUCUUGCUCAUAUCUUUUCUUUCUCUUACUCUGACAGGUGUGUGAAGGUAGUAGAUGUUUUCUAAUCUACAUUUUAAUUGGUUGAAGCCACUAAAAAGCUCAUUGUGUGAAUAAUGUAUAAAUGCUUAAAAAAAAAGAAGCAAAAAUCAGAGUUGAAUCUGAGCCUUUCUGCCCCAAGACCAAACAAAAGUCUGGAGGGUGUAGAUGAUUCUACCAGGGUCUUGACUGACUGAUCCCUGUGUGUAUAUUGGUUAAUUGCUUAUUGCAAUUUUACUGUCAAUCCUGUGUGAGGACUAAGACAAUAUACUUUUAUUAUUCCUUCAAAUAAACACGUUUUAUGUCAUGUUCUCAAAUCAGUUGUUCACCACCCUGGCUGCCAUCAACACUGUGUCCCGAUGAACCUGUCGAACAUAUGAAAUAAUCUUUUUUUUAAUUUUACUAAUCUUAGCUUUUGUGUUGCUCUCAUUGACUGAAAUUCAGUUUUGGUUAAUUACAAUUUGGGAUUGCUCAUCAUUGAUUUUUUUUUUUUUUUUUUUUUUUUUUUUUUUUUUUAAAUUGUAGU